GGUUAUGCGGCUGAAUUCCGAAGAAGGACCCUCUACUGAGGCUGCGCGUUAAAGCUGCUGUCGAGUAAUUAUGCGUUUCUAAUAGCAUAAAGUAGUUUUUGGUUUAGUUUAGCCAUGGCCCACCUGAGUCAGAACCCCGCGGACAAAGAGAGGUUCGUCUGCCUCUACCCCGUCUACAUCAACAGUAAGAAGACUCUGGCUGAAGGUCGCCGGAUCCCCACAGAGAAGGCGGUGGAGAAUCCGUCCUGCGGCGAGAUUAGAGAUGUCCUGACCGCCGCGGGGAUGAACGUCUAUGUGGAGAACAAGAUGCACCCGAGGGAGUGGAACCGGGACGUCCAGUUCAGAGGCCGGGUCCGGGUCCAGCUGAAGCAGUCCGACGGCAGCCUCUGUCAGGACAAGUUCAAGUGUCGUAAAGAUGUGAUGGUGUACGUGGCAGAAAUGAUCCCCAAGCUAAAGACUCGGACCCAGAAGAGCGGAGGGGGAGACCCCAACUCCCAGCAGGGGGAGGGCGGAAAGAAGAAGAAGAAGAAGAAAUAGUCUGUUUGUGUUUUUGAUGAUGGAGGAGAUCAAAGGUUUUUGUUCAGGUUCUUGCAGAUGUUCUCCUGUUUGCUUCGUCUGACUAAUAAAAGCUUCAUUUUCAUGUU